UGGGAGUCUUUCUGCCGUUGAAAUGUCGUAAAGCAGAACUGGAGUGGUGGCUGUAUAUUCAGAUGGCUACUAACAUUCAAGGUCACAGUUUAAAAUGGGUGAGGACUGGCUCAAGAUAAGGCGAGGCCAGUGAAAGAGUAAGGUGGGGACAGAGUUUUUGUAAGGCAGGAGAGAGAAGAAAGAAAAGGAGAAGAACCAAGAUGGAGGCAGAGAAGGACGACCUGGAUCCAUGUGGCCUUAAAAGUCCACAGGUACAACGAGCUUCACUUCUAUCUUCUCCCCAUCCACUCCUCGGCUGGUACCACACCACUUCCCUCGUGGAAAAACAAACACUAAGGAAAGACCUUCUGCGGAAGCCUGUCCUCCCAGUGCUCUGGAGGUUGAGGACCUCGCACAGACAGACAGACAGACAACUGAGACUCAGUUUUUCCAUGUCUGGGCUCCAUACCUAUUCGCCCACUUCAGUCCCACCCCCAGAACACCAGAAAUCUUAGUUUCCAUCCACCCUAAAAACUCAGACCCCAAAACCAGCAAGCCCUGCCUCUCUGUCACCAAGGUUUCCUCUACCAGAUGACUCCGUCAGUGUAAUGACACUGCUGUCACUCCAGCCACUUAAACAGACAAGCAUCACCUCUGGCGCUCCUCCCCACACAUUACCAUCUUAUUUCCCUGUGACCAUUCUAGCCAAUCAGGUGCCUAAGUUACUUCUAAUUUCUCUUCUGUUCUCUCUGGAGCUCUUCUCUCACUUGACCUUGUAAUUUGGAGGUUGAAUAAGGAGACCCGGGCUCAAAAAAAAAAAUCCAUUCAGUUGAUCCUGUGACAUCAUUGGCUGAGACUGGCCGGUUAACCACCCCCUCCCCACACCAAAGCAAAACCUUCCAGUCAAGAAAAAACAAUGAAGCAAUUUGAAGCUAGGGAACCGGUAUCAGAGGGACUGAAUGAGAGCAACUCUACCUGUACAAGAAUGAGUGAGUUCACCUCCAUCCUCCAUCCUCUAUCCUCUAUCCCUCCAUCCUCCAUCCUCCAUCCUCCAUCCUCUAUCCUCCAUCCGCAUCCCUCCAUCCUCCAUCCGCAUCCCUCCAUCCUCCAUCCUCCAUCCUCCAUCCGCAUCCCUCCAUCCUCCAUCCUCCAUCCUCCAUCCUCCCUCCUCCAUCCCCCAUCCCUCCAUCCUCCCUCCUCCAUCCCCCAUCCCUCCAUCCUCCCUCCUCCAUCCCCCAUCCCUCCAUCCUCCAUCCUCCAUCCUCCAUUCUCCAUCCUCCAUUCUCCCUCCUCCAUCCUCCAUCCUCCAUCCUCCCUCCUCCAUCCUCCAUCCUCCAUCCUCCAUCCUCCCUCCUCCAUCCUCCAUCCUCCAUCCUCUAUCCUCCAUCCUCCAUCCCUCCAUCCUCCCUCCUCCAUCCUCCACCCUCCCUCCUCCAUCCUCCAUCCUCCAUCCCCCCUCCUCCCUCCUCCCUCCUCCAUCCUCCAUCCUCCAUCCUCCCUCCUCCCUCCUCCAUCCUCCAUCCUCCCUCCUCCAUCCCCCAUCCCUCCAUCCUCCCUCCUCCAUCCUCCAUCCUCCAUCCUCCAUCCUCCCUCCUCCUCCAUCCUCCAUCCUCCAUCCGCAUCCCUCCUCCAUCCCCCAUCCUCCAUCCCCCAUCCCUCCAUCCUCCAUCCCCCAUCCCUCCAUCCUCCCUCCUCCAUCCUCCUCCCUCCUCCCUCCUCCAUCCUCCAUCCGCAUCCCUCCAUCCUCCAUCCUCCAUCCCUCCCUCCUCCCUCCUCCCUCCUCCAUCCUCCCUCCUCCCUCCUCCAUCCUCCCUCUUCCAUCAUCCAUCCUCCCUCCUCCAUCCCCCAUCCCUCCAUCCUCCAUCCUCCCUCCUCCCUCCUCCAUCCUCCAUCCUCCAUCCUCCAUCCUCCCUCCUCCCUCCUCCAUCCUCCAUCCUCCAUCCUCCAUCCUCCCUCCUCCCUCCUCCAUCCUCCCUCCUCCCUCCCUCCAUCCUCCAUCCUCCCUCCUCCAUCCUCCAUCCUCCCUCCUCCAUCCUCCAUCCUCCAUCCUCCAUCCGCAUCCCUCCUCCAUCUUCCACCCCUCCAUCCCCCAUCCUCCAUCCUCCAUCCUCCAUCCUCCAUCCUCCAUCCCCCAUCCUCCAUCCCCCAUCCUCCAUCUUCCAUCCUCCAUCCUCCACCCCUCCAUCCCCCAUCCUCCAUCCUCUAUCCUCCAUCCUCCAUCCUCCAUCCUCUAUCCUCCAUCCCCCAUCCCUCCAUCCUCUAUCCUCUAUCCUCCAUCCUCCAUCCUCCAUCCUCCAUCCCCCAUCCCUCCAUCCCCAUCCCUCCAUCCUCCAUCCUCUAUCCUCCAUCCCCCAUCCCUCCAUCCUCCACCCCUCCCUCCCUCCACCAUUUCCAUUUUCGUCCUGAGUCUACCAUCUCCAGCAUAUCUAAGCAGGCUUUGAGUAUCAGACAGACCUGUUUAUCCUUUAGGAAAAAAGGCCAGUGUGGUGCACAGGGAUAUUUCAUUUUAUGUGUUCUUAGCUCUGACAUUAACAAAAGCACAAACAACUUCACCCUAAUGAGGAAUCCUUUAAAGAGUCAGAGAAAAAGGCAUUGCCAAACAAAAUCCAUACCUUGUAAAAUGAACGUCAUUGCCUGUUUGUGGUCAUUUAAAUAUAUUUAUAAAAUUGUAUUCAUAUCUACUUAUCUGUGAAUAU